AUGGACCCCGCAAGGGAUCUUCGUGAGGCCGAAGAAAAUGAAUGGCCCCCAGUCAAAGAUGAAGUCAAUGAGCUGAAGAUUCUGGAUGUUCACUUCAUCAACGUGAUUGGCUAUGACGACAAGAUUCUUGGUUUCGAUAGGGAGUGUACCUUGAUUGUUGUACCAAAUGAGAGUCGUUUUAUUGAAGGGCUUAAGUUGGCAUUGGCCAUGUACAAGCCCGAACACGUUCUCACCGACCCGGCUCGCUGGGGGAGCACGGCGAUAUUAUUUGAGGUCGUCGGCUGGACCAAAUCUGAUGAAAAAGUAAUGUACGAAUGGCAGUUUAUCCGUCACUUUACCCCCGACGGCACCGAGAAGUAUCAAAUGACGACGGAGCGAGGGGUAAUUGAAGACACUAACGAAGAAACCUUUCGUGGCCGCCUUAAGGAGUUUGGCAUCGAUCCCUGGAUCAUGGUGCCUCGAGGGUUUUUUACUGACGCAGUCAACGAGACGGAAGAGCGUAUGCUUAGCUUGUUAACGUCUAAUUUAAAGUUCAUCAUUGGUGACCGUAUCCUUGAGGGUGUUCCUCUCCCGCUCCAAAUGUUAUUUUUGGAAGCAUCGGCGAUGGCUUGGGAUAACCAUCUCAAGAAGCAGAUUAUCGUCACUUCUAUUGAGGACAAUGAUGCAUGGUACGACGUCCACGGCCUUGUACUCGAUAGCGAGUUUGGUAAAAUUAUAUAG